UUUGUUUUGGCUGCUUGGAAAAUAUCCAGUUUCUGGUCUCUGAAUCGGUUGGUCAGGAAGGAGAGGGUGGGUGUUUUACGGUUAUGAUUCUAAAAACCAAGCAGCUCAAAAUGUUAAUCUAGCUUUCAUUUUCAGCUUAAAAAAAAAAAAAAAACUAGUUUAGAGCUGCAUGAAGAGGCAGAGGAAGUUUCUCUUGCUCCGUUUCCUGACUUGCGCCUAAAGGAAUUUGCUGUUGUAUGCUUUGGUUUUACACGGACGGCUGCUAAAGAGAAGGAGGAAGAACAUCAGAGGUCUGCAAUAGAAGUGCCUUUGAGAAGAUAGCUCCACCCUGAAGUUGGUGCAAAGUCAUAGCUGGCCUAUGCUCUUUUUUUAAAGACAAAUUCAAGAAUAUACGAUACCUCGACUGCAAAGUUUUUGGUGCUAGUUUGCACACAUUAAGCACCAACAAGAUAGUGGAUCCUUAGCCAUAAGAAGAAGAAGCAGACAGAAAUAUGACCUAGGAAUGUCUACCUGAAAUAACUUUACCUGCUUCUUUUGGUUAAAGGACAAUGCUGCAUUUUCUCCUAUAUGUUUCAUUAAACUCUAGCUUUCAAAUUCUUUUAAUUUUUUUUUAACCAUAAGAAUUUUAACACUUACUGUGUUGUGAACGCAUUUUGGACAUGGCACUCAAUAUGUCUUCAGUAAGAGACACCAAAUGGCUGACGUUGGAAGUUUGUCGUCAGUUUCAGCGCGGCAACUGUUCACGCAGUGAUGAGGAAUGCAAAUUUGCACAUCCACCCAAGAGCUGCCAGGUUGAAAACGGGAGAGUCAUUGCGUGCUUUGACUCACUGAAGGGCAGAUGCUCAAGAGAAAACUGCAAGUAUCUCCAUCCUCCUACUCACCUGAAAACCCAGUUAGAGAUAAAUGGACGCAACAACCUAAUCCAUCAGAAGACGGCUGCUGCUGUUCUUGCCCAGCAGAUGCAGCUGAUGAUCCCUGGACCGAGUAUGCAGCCUGUGGGGCUUGGCACUAACACCAGUCUGGGUUAUGGGUCUUACAUUACCCCUUUGAACCAUGGAAUGAGUCUCAUCCCCUCAGACAUCCUCUCCAGCACCCAGGUUCUUGUUCCUGGCAGCUCAGCUGUCACGGUCCAAUGUACCUCCUCUUCCUCUUCUUCAUCUUCUUCCUCGCCAUCUCAGAAGCUGCAGCGUGCAGAUAAAUUAGAGGUGUGCCGGGAGUUUCAGCGAGGUAACUGCUCCAGAGGGGAGACAGAUUGCCGCUUCGCUCAUCCCAUUGACAGCCCGAUGAUUGACACCACCGACAACACAGUCACUGUUUGCAUGGACUACAUCAAGAGCCGCUGCUCCAGAGAGAAGUGCAAGUAUUUUCACCCGCCUGCACACUUGCAGGCCAAAAUCAAAUCCAGUCAACAACAAGUCAGUCAGACAGGGGCAGGAGCCCAGGCCACAGCUGCAGCCAUGACUCAGUCGACCGCCAAAGCAAUGAAGCGACCCCUCGAGGCAGCUGUAGACCUGGGCUUUCCACCCAGCGUCCUGCAGCACCUACCAAAGAGACCAGCCCUUGAGAAGAGCAGCUGGGCCAGCUCUCUCCUCUCACCCAGUUUAUUGCACUACCAGCAGGCUUUGGCCAAUACACAGCUACAGCAAGCUGCAGCAGGAUUUUAUCCCACUGGUUCUGUCUUUUGCAUGACUCCUGCUAACAACUAUGAUCAUCCUCAAGUAACCAUCAGAAACAGAAGUCACUGCCACAUUGCAGCUGUCCGAGGUGCUGAACAGCCUCCCUACAAACAUUCUACUAACAUCAUGCACACCAUACAACAACCUGCAUGUUCAUAAUGUUGCUACUGAUAUGUUCAAGUUUGAGGGUUACUUUGCAUUAUAGAACCUCUGUCGUCAGUGCACGUUUUUUAAAUCUAUGUUAAAAUACAUUUUCAAUCUUUUCAUGAAUACUUUGCCCCCGUUUACCGAUCUUGAUUAAGUUUAAAUUAAGAUUAAAGUAUUGUGUCUACAUAUGUGAAUUGUACAGGAAUCGCCUCUUUAAAAGAGGCAAUUCUGUACAAAUGCAGCCAGAAAUGUCCCAAACAGCAGAAAAGAACACAGUGUAAAUACAGUAAUAACACCUUGUGAACUGUCCUGAACAAAAAGGCUAGAAAUCUCACUUAUAAACCAUUUAAGUGUGUACAUAUUUAUGGCUGAAUACAUUUAGGUUGGUCAAAGAAAUGUCAGAUGGGUCAUAUAUUGCGAAUUGUUUUUACCUUGAAUGUUUUAUUUAAGUAAAUUUUUUUUUAUAAUGAUUCCAUAGUGCCAGAUCUUACUUAAAUUUAACAAACCAGUGGCAAGCACUUAUUUAGCUUUUUAUUCUCAUGUUAUAAUGUAUAAUAUGAAAACUGGCUUAUGGACAUCCCUUUAAAAUGCUCAGAAAGAUCCCCAGAGAACUGGAUCAGUGCUCCACCUUCUGGUGUGCCUUUGCAUUGCAUAGACAGGUUCUAUGCUGAGAGGAAAUGCUGUAUAAUCCAUCUGAUGUCAAAUAAUUUCUCAUGAGCCAUCACAGUAGUCACAUUAAAAGUGGUGUACAUUUAACAAUAUAAACUUCAUAAGCUUAUUACUCUGAGUCAGAUGUUUAGAGGAUAAAGUUUAAACAAUAGAAAGAGUGGCUAUGGUAGGUAUGCCAGCUGGGAUUACAACUGCUAAGGUGUUGUGUGAACACUUUCAGAAUUGUUUUGUUUGAAUGUUUCAAGUGCCUACAUACAAUGGUAGGUAGAAGUACACAACACAGUCCAUAUUUACUUUCCUGGAACUCAGAGAUUACCUUCAGAAACCUUUACCAGAUACUUUUCUUGUUAAGUAUCUUUACCUUUUUAAGCUCUAGGGUACUUUCCAAACCUUACUAGUAUGAGGUGUAACACAAGGUGAAUUGUAACCCUGUGGAACCUAAUACUUGUUUUUAAAAACAUAUUUAUGAGUUUCACGAAGUACUUUGAAAGUACCCAGAUACACAUUACUGGAUAAUAAACACUGCUUACUUGAAUGCUCAGUAAGCUCUAGGAAUAUAGCUGAUUCUGCAAAAGUGCUAGUUCUUCUAGACAUCAAUUUAAACACCCAUUAGUACUGGGUACUGGAACCAGAAAGUUCUGGAAAUGUUAAGAAAACAUUAUGGAUCAGAUUGGAACCUCCAAGUUUCUGAAAUGUAACCUCUAAAUCCAAGAGGAUGUAGACUGUGUUGCGUAAUGCUACUGAAUCAACAUGUUAAAAUAUUUACAAAGUUUUGUGUGAAAAAGCACUUCAGUAAUGUACUUAUUCAGCCACUGAUGUUUGAGACCGAUUUCCAAUGUAGUGUGCUGUGCCAAGUCAGUGCGUUUUCUUGAAAAGUUGAUAUGAUUUAGUUUGAAUAAAAUUCUUACCAAUGUUAAAACACAGUACUGUGGAUAGGACCUAUUAUCCAGUUUUUUUUUUGUUUUUUUAGGUUUUUUUAGGUUUUUAAAAAAAUAUGUUGUAAAUGAGCUAAGAAUAUUUUAUGGUAUGAUAGAAUUUCAGAGGUAAAAAAUUGUUUUGGUGAAAUGUGUUUGUGUGGUUAAACCAUCACAGCAGCCAGUCUGACUAUUGUGUUUUUAAGAAGAAUAACUUAUCUGGUGUACUUCUAUUUCCUAAGGGCGUAUUCACACCUAACACAUGUAGUCGGCUUUAAAAAGACCAGAGUUUGUUUCCCCUAAGUGAACCAUGGUCUGGACCAAGCCACCAGACCCCCUUUUUGAGGCGGUUUUGUUCCGCCUCCAGACAGACUCUUACUCUACUGUGGUUUGCUUAAAAUAAGAAUACAAACCGACCUCGAUUUCACCCGACUACAGAAAUCUCUUUGGACUAAACAAAUUCUAAAAUCAUACCGGUCAGUUGCUUAGCAACGUUGCUGCCGCUGUUCAUUUA